AUGCUCGGCGCAGACGCGGAGGUGGCGAGCGCCGUCGCCGAGGCGCUGUGCGAGGACCCUGGCGGGUACGCGGCGGAGCUGCAGAUGUGGCCGCAGACAUUGCCCCUGGUUUCGCAGUACCUUUCCUGGCACGUCCCGGAGCUGCGGAUGCUCGCGAGCUUCCUGGAGCGGGUGCUGGCGCCCUUCUGGGACGAACACCCGGAGGCCGUGGCGGCGGCGCUGCUGCCCCACCACGCCUUCGCGGUGUCGGCAGCCUGCGCCCGGUGCGACAGGCCCGACUGGUUCGGCAUGCUCCUCUGUGCGCUGGCGCGCGCGCGCUGUCGAGGCGAGGCCGGGUUGCUGCUGCGCUUGCUGGCGGCGCACUUGCCGCUGCGGGGCGCCGGGCGCGCCAAGGACGGGGCGGAGGCGGGCGGCGUCGAUUGGGUGCGGGAGGUGCAGAACUUGGCGCUCGCCGCCAACGCGGCGGUCAAGCUGGACGUUCAUGCGGACCGCCUGGACGCAGCGGGCACCACCGCGCUGGGCGCCGUGGCGCCGCUGGCCGCGCUGUGCUGCAGGAGCGGCGGCCUCCAGGGAGCGCACGGGGCGCGGUCUGCCAGCCUCCUGGCGCACGCCUUCGGCGUGGGCCUCCUGGUGCGGCCGCCGCCGCCGCGGGCCGCGCUCGCGGCUGCCUACGUUGACGUCCUCGGGCAGCUGCUCGACGCGUGCAGGUCGCUGCCCGUGAGCGGCAUCCGCGUGCGCUUCCAGCUGCUGUCGGCGCUGCAGUGCUGGUGGUGCGUUGCGGGGGCCGCGGCGACGCUGCCCGGGCUGCGGGUGGCGCGGCGGCUCCUCGGGCCCCGCCAGCGCGGCGGGGUACCCAGCGCGGUGGAGUCCACGGAGGGCCAGGAGUGGGUCUCGACGCAGGACCACCAGGAGGUGGCGCGGGCGCUGCCCGCAGAAGCCGCGGCCGGCGCCAGGAUGGAGGAGUACGCGUUCCCUUUCUGGAUAGACGUGGUGCUGAGUCACCACCUGUACGUGCUCGGCACGUGCGAGUGCGAGACAACCAUCAAACAGGCCAUGAUUUGGUCGGGCAAGGCGCGGUGGGAGCAGCAGGUCCGCGAUUACCUCGGCGAGGACUACAGGCUGAUCGGGUCCCAGAACAUGGGGGCGAUCCACAUCAUGGUUCUCGCGCACCAGCACCUGUGGAGAUACUGCUGGGACUCGAAGAACGCGCAGGUGGCGACGGGAUUCGGCAACGUUGUGGGCAACAAGGGCGGCACCCAGGUUGGGUUCAGCCUGGGUCACACCUCGCUGUUGUUCAUCAACGCGCACCUUCCUGCCCACAACGGCAAGAUGAAGGAGCGCACCAAGUGCUUCGGCAGGAUCCUGGAGGACUCGCCGAUACGUCGGUCGCGGCGCAAGGAGUCCGCCGACAGCCCGCGCCGCAAGCUCGGGGUCCACCAGGACUACGACCGCGUCUUCUUCAUGGGCGACCUCAACGCGCGGGUGAACGCCACGCGGGCGGACGUGGACGACUGGCUCGCCCAAGGGCGCUUUGACAGGUGCCUGGAGCAGGACGAGCUGCUGCCCCUCCUGAGCGCCAGCCCAGACGACGCCCUGACGUCGGCGGACGGCCUGGUGGGCCUUUGGCCCUGCUUCGAGGAGGCCAUAAUCAACUUCCCUCCAACCUACAAGUUUGAUGUCAACACGGACAACUACGACACUUCCGCAAAGCAGAGGGUACCGUCGUGGACGGACCGACCGGCCCGCCAGAUGAUGGAUGCGUGA